CCAAAAGCCAAUUCUUCGUGGCGCCCUGUCCAUUUUGUACGCGCACCGCUUUUGCGCAGGAGGAAGGAAGGCAAUGGGCAGCCGGUACGCAGGUGGGCUGUGUCCGCCCAUGAUUUUACCGGUGGAUAAAGAGGGAUCAAGCUUGAUGUUGACAAAAAAGCACACGGAAGUGUUUCAGGCUUGGCGGUCUUGCGUGUACGAGUGCGUCUAUAGGCUGAUGCUGCAGUACAUGCACGACCUGACAUCGCGAAGGGACCACUCGAUUCGUCCCAUCCUGAACCCGUCCACCAAGAAGGAGGAAAUUCCAGGAGAGCUCCGACAAGACGGGAAGCCUUCCUACCUGUACAGUUACGGAGUAUGCGGUUUUCUUUACAGCUUCUUCGUGUCGGCGUGCCUUCUAGCCCCGGAUGAACUGUUUUGCUUCGGACGAGAUGAUGGAACCGAAAAGCAACUUUUCCUAGAUAAUAUGUGGUGGGGUGGCGACGCUGUGAGGAAGGAAUUGCGCUAUCGAGUCGCGAUGUUUCUACUGUCGUGGAAGUUGCAGGGCCUUCAUAAUUCGACUGUUUGCGGACGAUCGUGGUUCGAUUGGCUCGACGACGUUGUGCGGAACGAGUCCCGCUAUAUGCAUCGAACAAGCACAGGAGGCAAGAUUGACGCGAGCGCCGAGCCCGUGCUCGACACUGUGUAUCCGGUUGAAUGGAAGCUAACUGGUCUGUUCGGCUCGGGCAUCUCUGCUUACAGAACGGUGCGCUGCAUGAGAGAAAAAAUGAUGCAGUUCCUGAUUGAAUGGCGGGGCACUAUCACCGUGCAAGAACUGCGAGAGGCCGUAGCGCCAGUCGUGCUGGGUCACCUUUCCACUGGCGCUCACAAGGGUUCAUUUUUUCCGGAAGAGGAGCACCACCACAGCGAGAGCGAAAAUAACUCAGAUGUUGGCGUGACAACUUUGUGGGGAGACAAGGAUGACGAGGAAGUCUCAGUGUCUCCUGCUCUAGACGCACGACUGAAGGAAUACAGCGGUCUCGCACUUCCCCGCCAGCGGCGACGCGACCAGGCCCUGGUUACAGUUUUCUUCAAGGCGUCCGAGCUUAGCAUAAAAAGCCUAACGGCAAAAUUUGUCUCCCGUGGCAAUCGUGAUUCCGCCGGGUACGGGCAAAAAUUUCGAGAAUUUGUGCAGUUGCUGCAGCACAAAAGCAGCAGCGGUGACGACUUGGUCUACUUCCAUCGGCUUCGACGUUUCUUCGAGCUUUGGAAGGAUUGCGAGCCGGUUGCGAUCAGCAUGCUUGAGAAAAUGCAUGGCGAGUGCCGUCCGUACGAUUUAUUACAAUCUUGGUCUUCUGAAGAUACGUUGGCGUUGCAGGAACAAUGUUGCACGGGAGAGUAUUACCGCGAGUUUGUUGAUGUGCGUAGCACUGUCUACGGCCGCCAGCGGAAACAGAGACAUGAAAAUAAAUGCUCUGAACGAGUUCCGCGGAGCAGCAUAGGCGAAAACGGCGCACACUUACAGGCAGAAGAGGGGGGCGGAACUGAGGAGCCGUGUCCGCAAGCGGUGCCACUCCUCGCGGAAGACGAAAGCACAUCACAGGACAUGCCCGGUGGCAAAAGUACCCCACGACCGCCGGCCGUGUGGUUCUACCUGACUGACGUGAUGGGGCUGGAAAAUGUGUAUGAAAUCCUGUGGUCCGCCUGGCGUCAGGUUUUCAAGAAGAACGAAAAGGACACCACGGAGGCUUUGAGGUUAAUCGCUUCGAAGCUCGAGGUGGAGAUACCGCCUUUGGACUAACCUAGAUGCGCUGUUUAGAUAAAAGCCGACCUUUUGUUAAGUAUGACCUAAUGAAAAGCUGUCCUUUAUGAACAACUAGGCUACAGCCACCGCAAUACACGAUGAAUUGCCGGCGCGUUCUCUGUCUACUUAUCA